ACCCCAAAAAACAAAACCCCCCCAAAACAACAAACAAACAAAACAAAAUAAUGGAAAUUUGAACCCAGCACCAUGGCCUUAAUUAAUUAGGCUACCUGGUGCUAUGUUUGAGUCACAGUGAAUUUUCUCAUAGGCUUUUUGCUCUAUGCAUUUAUAUUUAGUUUGGUUAGAGAAAUGGCCUCUUUUUUACAUACUAGCAAGGCCCUGGGCUUUGAGUUGGGUUUGAAUCCUGGGUCUAUUGCAGACACGCUGGCUUGACUUUGGGCUGCUCCUUCUCUUCUUUGGGGAUCAUUUUCUUCAUCUAUAAAAUGGGGAGCGAUGGUAUCUGCUUCUGAGGGCUGGCUGAGCUUGCACGUGUCAAGCACUCACUCAGCUGGGCUCGUUCGAUGGGGCCAUUUGAACACCACCAACUCUGGGGCCAAAGGGCUUCGGGGGGAAAACAGAAAAUACUGGGUGCAAGGUGGCCAUGAUAUUGGGGUCCAGGAAGCAGAGAGAAGCCUCCGGAUCUGGGGUCUCCGCAGGGGAGAUGGUAUUUGGUCCUGGAAUCCCUGCCAUGACCACAUCCCUGUCCUGCCCAGCAGCUCAGCCCCAGCCCUGCACACACUCCAGGUGGAACAGCAGCGGCGGGAGAGGGAGGGAGAGAAGAGCCCACAAACCAGCAGGCGGAGCCUCCUGGCCAAGUCUGGCCUGGCUGGAAGGGGAGGGGGCUGUGGGGCUGGGACGUCAGAUGCCAUCAGCUGCUGGGGGACCGUUAAAGUCGCAGUGCUGCCAGGCGGGGCCAGGGUGCCUGCAGAGGUCCCCUGCCUCCUCAGCCGCCUCCUGCCACCCGCCUGGGCUGCCCAUCCUGGGUACGCGCCUCCGGGAUGCCUCUCUCUGGCUCGCUUAUUUCUCUCUGCAUCUUCUCUGCUUUUUCCUCUUUCUCUACCUUUCUUUCUGUUGCUCCCACAUUCCUUCUCUUUUUUGCCCUGUCAUCGCCUCUCAUUCUCUCUUGUAUCUUCCUACCUUUUUAUUUCUUUCAUGCCUUUUCUCGGCAUCUCUUUUUUUCAAACAUCUUUGCAGCUUCCUCGUUUGCUUUUUCUCUGAUGCUCAUUUUUUCUUUCUUUCUGCCUCUUUCACUUGCUUUCUGGUUCCUUCUGUGUCUUGCUCUCAAGCCCCAAAUUGUAGCAACUCAGGAACAAGAGGGCCCCUGCACUCUGCCUUGGGGAAGGUGGGCGCUCCCCUCUGAGGGCACCGAUGGAGUCCACUUCAAACAGGACUGGUGAAGAGGGUACCCAGGCUGGGGAGGACUGGGGUUCUGCCUCCUGGGCUGGGGGGAUGGAGCCCUGGCUUUGAAGAGGCAGCAUCAUCUCACCGCAGGGCCUGGUCCAAAUGUAGCCUCUGUCUGGGCAUUUCUUCCCAUUGCCCUAGCCACUCAGUCCACUGGAGUGGGAAGGACGAGGUGUUGUGCUGCUGGGCCAGAGCUGAGUCUGGAGGUCUUUGCCAAGUUCCCAAUAGUUAGCAUCCUCUGGAGUGGGAAUGCUGGAGAGCACUCAAGGUUUGGUGCCCUCCUGCCCGCCCCCUCCAGGCAGCCGGCGCUGACUGCACAAGGCAGACGUGUGACCCCUCCAGCCAGCUAUGCCCCUGCUGCCUGGCACCGUGGGCCUGGCAGGUCUGCUCUUCUGGGCAGGCCAGACAAUGAAUGCCUUGAUGCCCAAUGCCACCCUGGCAGUGGCCCAGACCGAGGGCUCAGCUGUGUGGUCUCUGAGUGGCCUGGGGGUGCCCCGGUACCGGCGGAAGCGCCACAUCUCUGCCCGGGACAUGAAUGCCUUAUUGGAUUAUCACAACCACAUCCGGGCCAGCGUGCACCCACCCGCCGCCAACAUGGAAUAUAUGGUCUGGGAUGAGCGGCUGGCCAGGUCUGCUGAGGCCUGGGCCUCCCAGUGCAUUUGGGCCCAUGGACCCUCACAGCUGAUGAGAUACGUGGGCCAGAACCUCUCCAUCCAUUCCGGCCGGUACCGCUCCAUAGUGGAUCUCGUGAAGUCUUGGUCCGAGGAGAAGCGGCAUUACUUGUUUCCAGCCCCGAAGGACUGUACCCCGCGCUGCCCCUGGCGCUGCAGUGGGCCUGUCUGCUCUCACUAUACCCAGAUGGUGUGGGCAUCUUCCAAUCGGCUGGGCUGUGCCAUCCACACCUGUGGCAGCAUCAACGUUUGGGGCAGCACCUGGCGCCAGGCUGUGUACCUGGUCUGCAACUACGCCAUUAAGGGCAACUGGAUCGGCGAGGCGCCGUACAAGACGGGGAGGCCGUGCUCCGCCUGCCCUCCCAGCUACCAGGGCAGCUGCAACAGCAACAUGUGCUUCUCGGGGCUCAAAUCCAACAAGCUCCUGUGGUUCUGAAUCUUCUCUGGGCUCUGGCUGGCCCUCCUGCUGGGCCUGACCCUCCAAAAGUCCCUUCCCAAAGAGCGGGUCAAGGAAUUUUUUUUUCAAAGGACCUGAGCUGGGCUCGCUCUACCAAUCCGAAUUUUCCCACCUGAUCCCAUUUCCUAAAUGUCCAGCAUGUGCCAGAACAAAAUGACCUCCCCGCCUUCUUACCUGUUACAUUUUUUUUUUCCUCCAGCUUUUGGGAAAAAAACCUGCAUCUUUUUUUGUUUUGUUUUGUUUUUUAGGGUUGUUUUGUUUUUUAGGGUUGUGCCUGCAGCAUAAGGAGGUUCCCAGGUGUGGGAUCAAGUCAGAGCUGCAGCUGCCAGCUUACACCACGGUCACAGCAACGUGGGACCUGAGCUGCGUCUGUGACCUACACCAUAGCUGACGGCAAUGCCAAAUCCUUAACCCACUGAGCGAGGCCGGGGAUCAAACCCCCAUCUUCAUGGAUACUAGUCAAAUUUGUAACCCGCUGAGCCACAACAGGAACUGCAGCGGUCAGCAUCUUUCAUUGACUCGGUUCUCAGAGAGUCAGGGCUGGAAGGAGCAGUGGCAGCAGUUCUGUGACUCUCAGGCCUCAAACCCAAAAGUCUUUGUCCAUCCAAUAAAAAGUAUUUAUUAAAUCAUCUUCAUCCUAUCACCUCCCUUGAUUCAUCCAAUAAUAGCCACCCAGCUCCUGGGUAGCCUUUGAGGACCUAUGGUCUCCCUCUCUCUCUGAGUUGGGACCAUUUGGGGUUCAAGUUUUUGAAAAAUAACUGAAAUCAGCUUGGGGACACUCCACCCUCCCUGCAUGUUACUGGAGCCACUGCAGAGACCAGGCACCCCUUUUAUAGAUGGGCAUACUGAGGCUUCGUGAAGGGGUGGCCUUGCUGAGAGCUACACAGCUUGUGUGCAAAGGCACCCAGGGGGAGGCUCAGGCUCUGACAACCCCUUCCGGCUGUGCAGACACCUCUCGGAAUGCUUAGAACUGAGAGACAAAAGCCAAAGCUGGGCUGAGGGGACUCUUUGCAGGGCUUUUUUACUUCUCACUCUCUGGUCUUGCCUCUGUCAUCUCCUUGUAGGCUCCAUCCCUGUCUCUCUCUCUCUCUCUCUCCCUCUUUAUAUCCCCUGAGGAAUUUCAUUCUCCUUCCCAUAAACCCUUUCCCCUCUCCCCACCCCACCCCUCCCAGUUAUCAAAACACACAAAAGUCCUUUUGUCUCCUGAGAUAGUAAAAUCUCUCCCUCAGACCUUGCCCUCCAGCUGGGGCUCACUCCCUGCCCGGCUGGAGAGAGCUCCGCUCCAAAGGACGGGAUGGAAAAGAGGCCGCUUUCCCCAGAGUCUCCACAAGGUCCUGGACCAAGUGGGUUUGCUUCCUUCUUGAUCCUUCCCACCUGGGCUACCCUGCCCCGCCUCCCCGUGCUAUCAACAGGGUCCCCCUCCGCCCCCAAUAAAGACUUUUGAGAUUCUGCACAGUGGCUCCUUCUGAUCUCUGUCUCAGCUCUCAGGAGGGACAAAAGAGGAGGGAGGGAAAUGGAGCAGGGGAGAUGGAGUGAGGGGAAACCAGCUCAGGAGGAAGACCAGGGGAGGGGGGCCCUGCCCUCGGCCCCUCCUUUGCACCAGGCCUAGCAUCCCUCCAUUCCACAGCUGAGAAAAAUGAGCUUUGCAUAAGGGCCCAGAUCCAAAUGCUGGAGGUGCCUGAAUAAGAGAAACAAGGCACCGUUCUUUUUCUUUUUUUUUUGCCUUUUCUAGGGCUGCUCCCACGGCAUAUGGAGGUUCCC